AAAUGAUUAAUGAUACUAUGGAGGGUGUUUCAUACCCUAUGAAAUCCAUUUUCACUCCUGAUUCUAAGAUACAAGCAUGCACCCAGUAUUCUAUGAACCCAACUCCAAUUGUAUAUGAACCUAUUAAACAAAAAGAAGCAAAUAUAAGAGCAAAACCUUUGAGGAACAAAUCAAGAAAUCAAUCUAAGAGGGAGAAAAUCAGAUUUAUUCUAGAAGAAAAAACUAGCAGGAUAAAGAUUAAAUCUUGAUUAAAAUAAAAACUCAAAACUAAAAAGUAGACCCAAACUUGCAAAGAAACAGCUCAUGGCUGGUCUGGUGCUUAAUUUUGACAUAAAAUCUUCUUGCCCUGUGUUAAACUUCUAUCCUAAGGAGCUCAAUGAUUUAAAGAAAAUGCCAGUACGGGAAUCAAAAAUUAAUGGAUUUUUAAAUACAAAAAUACAAGAGAAUAUUGAUAAAUAUAAAGGACAGUUUUUAAAGACAAGAAAGUUUGACUUUCAUAAGAAUGCUACAAGAGGAAUAACCCGAUCACGAUCAGAAAGAAACAAUUCGGUUGAGAAAAAUAGAAAUUUCACACCUUCAGUGGGAGCUCAAUAUAGUGAUGUUUCACUUUAAACUUUAGAAAACGCGAAUAUAAAGACUUUAAAAGAUAGAAGGGUUAAAAGCUCAAGAAGUCACAGAUCCAGAUUUGUACUAAAUAGGCCACUUUCGAAUACUUAUGAUGGUCGUAAAUAAGCAGUAUUGAAUUCUUGCUCCGAAAGUAAUUGGGUUACCACCAUCACCUAAACUUAAAAAAUGAAAACCUCGAAACAAGUGAAAUAAGAAAAAGAUUGUGUCAAAACCUUGAAGCAGGAGGUCUCCCAAGAGUUCAUCUGUUCUUGAAUUCUUUAGCCACUUAAAGAUGGGCAAGAAAUCUGCAGUUAAAAAUGUAUCUAUAUCUCUUAGAGUUUUCCUUCCAAUGAAAGACUCAUUUUAGGAUUAGCAAUCAAGCCAAAGGAAAAAUGGAAUUGAUUCAUUAUCUUGCACUUUUCUUCUAUUUAGCUGUAUUUUAUUAGCAUUUUCUUUAUCAUCAUUUUGGAAUAUUUAUACAUAAAUUUAAUUUUCUAAGUCUCAAAUCCAUGCCCAAGCUCCUCCAGAUGAAAGUGAGAUGUUUAUACAAAGACUUCACAGGAAUAUGUACGGAGAAAAGUAAAAAAUACUUCACUUUUAAAACUAAUUUUCAAUCGGUGAAAAA